GGAUCUCUGGGUGAGGAAUAAAGCCACAGGCAUCUGAUAGUGUGGAUAUACAUUGACGUUAGCAACAAAUAUAAUCGGUGUUUUCCUUUUAUUAUUAGCAUUAUUCAGAAGGGGAUGCCAUUUUUCCAGCCUUUGCGUGCGUAAAAAUAUCCAGACGGAGUGUAUUUUAUUUAAAGAAAAAAUAAAAAUAAAUGUAGCUACCAAGAUUUUAUUAUCUAGAAGAGUUUUUGAUAUGUACCAGAGCGUGUAUGGAAUAGAUACAUCGCGGUUUAUAUCCAGAUGAUGAAAUCAGGAGGAGGCAGCUAUUUUCUUAAAAUGGCAGAGAUGGAUUUAAAAACAGCCACAUCCACGAUGGAAGCAUUGGUUCGUAUCAGUUCUAACAUGAAGAGCCUGGAGCAUGAGCUGCACUGCCCCGUGUGUAAGGACAUCGUCAAACAGCCCGUGGUCCUGCCAUGCCAGCACAGCGUCUGCCUCAUGUGUGCCUCGGAGGUGUUAGUGGCAAACGGCUACCCGCCUCCAGAUCUGCCCCCAGAGCCGAACUCCCCAGCCUCCACACCCAACACCCGAUCCCCCCGCCAGGCCCGAAGGCCGACUCCUAAAGCGGAGCAGCGACCUAUUGACCGCGUGCUGCGGGCAGGUCCCCACCCGCCUUCGCCAUCCAUGCCCCGGUCUCCAGGAUACGGGACGCAUCCAGGGCGACGUCGUAAGGAGGGCCCACCCCUGGUGAUGAUGUUCCCCUGUGUCCCCUGCGGCCGAGACGUGGAGCUGGGAGAGAAGGGCCUCACCGACUGUCUGCGCAACCUCACCUUGGAGCGGAUAGUGGAGAGGUACAGACACACGGUGAGUCUGGGCAGUGUGGCUGUGAUGUGCCAGUUCUGUAAACCUCCUCAGGCUCUGGAGGCCACCAAGGGCUGCGCUGACUGCAGGGCCAAUUUCUGUAAUGAGUGUUUCAAGCUGUACCACCCGUGGGGGACGCCACGUGCACAACAUGAACAUAUCCAGCCGACACUCAACUUCAGGCCAAAGGUCCUGACCUGUCCGGAGCACGACCAGGAGAAGCUACAGUUCUAUUGUCGGUCCUGUCAGCGACUGCUAUGCCCUCUCUGCAAGCUGCGCCGUAUCCACACCGGACACAAAAUCCUGCCAGUAGCUCACGCAUACCAAGCCCUGAAGGAGAAGAUUACGAAGGAGAUGAACUACAUUCUGUCCAACCAGGACACAGUUCUGUCUCAGAUUACCCAGCUGGAGAGUUCCAUCACUCAGACUGAGGUCAAUAGUGUAGCAGCCAGAGAGCAGCUGGCUCAGAGCAUAAGAGACCUGACGGCUGCUCUGGCCGAGCGCCAUGCUUCUCUCACCCAGGCUCUGGAGACGACACGAAAGAAACGGGGAGAGGCAUUGGCCGCUCAAGUGUCAGAGAGACGGGGUUUGAUGGAGCACGCAGGGCUCAUGGCGUUCACGCAGGAGCUGCUGAAAGAAACAGACCAGCCCUGCUUUGUGCAGGCUGCACGCCAGACUCAUAACAGGUUCAGCAAAGCAAUUGAGAAUCUCCAGCAUUUCACCCUGGCUGCUGAUCCAUCAUUCAGACACUUCCAGCUGGACGUCUCCAAAGAACUCAAACUCCUGACAGAGUUGAACUUCAUCCAGGCUCCCCUGGCUCCAGUGAUUGAUACCCAGCACACCCUGGCCUAUGACCAGCUCUUCCUGUGCUGGCGACUGCCGCAGGACUCUGCACCCGCCUGGCACUUCUCUGUUGAGUACCGUCGCCGGGGCGUGGUACCAGGAGGAGCGUCGAGGGGCGGGAUCAGGGGAGGACUGGCCGCCGCCCGCUGGGGCUGGCAGCGAUUGGAUGAAGUGAGCGGGAGCAGCGCUGUGAUUGACAGGCUGGAGAUGGACAGCGUGUACGUGCUGCGGGUGAGAGGCUGCAACAAGGCGGGCUACGGGGAAUACAGCGAGGAGGUGUACCUGCAUACCCCGCCUGCACCAGUGCUCAACUUCUACCUGGACUCUCGCUGGGGUCUCCAUGCUGACCGGCUGGUGGUCAGCAAAGAGCAGCGCUGUGCUCGCAGCGUUCCUGGUCUCUCCCUGCUGCAGGCCGCUGACCACGCCCUCACUUCCUGUCACCUGACCUCGGACCUCCUGGUGGGGGAUGUGGCCAUCACACAGGGACGGCACUACUGGGCAUGCUCAGUGGAGCCUGGCUCUUACCUAGUGAAGGUGGGAGUCGGUCUGGAAUCCAAACUGCAGGAGUGGUUUCACCUUCCACAAGACAUGGCCAGUCCUCGCUACGACCCAGACAGCGGCCACGACAGCGGAGCAGAGGACGCUUUGGACUCGGCUCCACCCUUCUGCUUCCUCACCAUGGGGAUGGGGAAGAUCUACCUCCCCCAGCACAACAACCACCACCACCACCAUCACAAUAACCACGGCAACGGCAACCGAGACACCAUCACCAACGGCAAUGGCCCCUCCUCGCCCACAGGCGUCACCUACCCUCUGCCGCCCCGGCUCGGUGUGUGCCUUGACUUUGAGAAGGGUCGCGUCACCUUCUACGACGCCCACUCUCUGCGCCCCCUGUGGGAGGGUCACGUGGAUUGCUCCGGCCCCGUGUGCCCCGCUUUCUGUUUCAUCGGUGGCGGCGCUCUGCAGCUGCAGGAGCUGGUGGCCAAUCGCAACGCGGAUCAGACACCGGUCAGGAGGGUGACCAUCCAACCGCGUGGCUCCAACUUAAAUAACAACUGACAGCUGAUCUGAGGUCAUAUGGUAUUUGGAAUGUAAGUGGUUAUCGUGAAGUAUUUACUCAGCUAGAGCGGGAAAAAAAGUUAGACAACUCAGCGAUUUUGUUUGUAUUUAAUUUUCUUUGUAUAAGAAAAUCUUUCUAUAGCAACAAAUAUGCAAUGUAAUUAAGUUUCUUACAUUUUUGUUAUAUGCAGUUUUGCAAGAGUUAUUGCUUAAGUAGUGACUGGUGUAUCCAGCACUUAAUAUGUAAUUAUACCUUUGAUGCUUGCACUUGUAGUCAGGCUAUAUUGCAUACAUUUAUAAAGCUAAUGUGGAUACAACACAAUGUCGUCCUUCCUGUAGACGCUUUUACGCUCUUAUUUCAUGCCCUUAAUGUGAAAAGCUUUUUAUGUUUUAGAGAUAUGAACACUAUGUGAGUAAAAAAUGAAUAAAAGGCCUUGACUAUUUUAUUGCAUCUAUAUCUAAACUUGUGUUUAACCACAUUGAUUUCUCUGCUGUCGGUGAACACUUUCCAGUCACUCGCCCAUUAUGAUCCCAACCAAAGUUUGUGUUUUUGUGGGAUGUAAAUGUGGUAAAUUAGAGAUAGAGAGGAACAAUGAGGCAAUACUGUAAUUAGAAGCUCCAAUUAUACCUCUGCUGCACAGCUAAUCACUAGUUCCCGCCGUUCUGUUUGUGCAUUGCUGCUUUGUAUUUCAAAUACAUGAGGCUCUUUGUGUGUGUGUGUGUGUGUGUGUGUGUGUGUGUGUGUGUGUGUGUGUGUGUGUGUGUGUGUGUGUGUGUGUGUGCGUGCGCGCUUCCCUUUGGGUGCGUGUGUGUGGUUUGACUGAUAACAUUGAUUCAUUGGCUGGCAGUAAAAAGUUGUUUUCCUGCAAACUUUUUUAUUUAUUUAUUUAAAACUUUGCUUGAUUGUAAGUUAAUGAGUCGCGCUUCUUAUGAAACAAUAGCAGAUUAAAUCCAUGUAAACUUCACCUGCUGGCAGAAUAUUUGCUAAAGAAAAAAUGGAUUAAGGAAAUAAACACUUAAAUAAAUGCAAAUUGUUUAAAUUA